AUGGCCAAUCGCAGCGGUGUUCAUUCUCCCGCCGCCGAUCGGAUCGCUGGAAUUGUCGGUAUUGACGUUACCCAGCAUUAUAUGAGUUUGAUACUCGCCAAAUGGGUACCGGAAUGCAGUGACUCUUUGCGUAUCAUCGAACCUGAAACGGCUGACUCGUUUGAAUCCGCCCAAUCUGCUGAUACUUGGCUGCCCCGAAGACAGACGUCUCGCCAAGCAUCCAUUUCCGACCUUGAUCAGGUGCAAUUAUCUGACUCAGGUACCUUAAGAUCAGCUACCACUAUGGCCACCGAAUCUACUGUCAACUCCAUGCGUAAACUCGAGCAAGCACAAUCUGAGGGACCUUCUGGUGAUGAUUCAGCCUUAGCUAAGGCUCCGAUACUGGCUUACCCGACUACAAAAGGCUUGAGAUCCGCCGAGUCUGAGAGUACAAGGUCUCUGCAUGGCUUAGAUUCAGCUGGGAAACUGCAACUUGAGCUGACGUUGAAAAGGAUGACUGGGCGGACUAGGCUGACGCCCGAGCCUUUAAAUGAUGCAUUUCAUUCGACGCAAACAUUCUCCUCUUCUGUUAUGGAGGGUCGCGAACCACCAUUUCACUCUUUUUCUGCCACUGAUGCGACGUCAUCUGCUUCCUCGGUGCGGAAGAGACGGUCUCCUUCAUCACGAACUGGCGGCCAGGCACGAUGUCUAUUGAUGCAGGACCAGGGGUAUUUGGUGGCUCAUCCUGACUUGGUGGAUGCGAGAUGGCCGGUUAACCGGCCAAUCGAAGCUAACCACAUCAUGGAACCACUUGUAGGCAAGGAUAUCCUUUCGCAUACUCACCAUAUCCGCAAAGUGGCGUGUGUCGACUUUGUGCGCCGUAUUACUCAGCGGUUUUACAUAUUCAAUGUAUCCAAUGAAGAACUGAUUAAGAACUCAGCACUCAGAGAGCAAUGUGUUAGAUAUCAGCUUAAGGCUGUGCCCGGUUCGACCGCAUUCUUUGGGAUCAUUCACGAAGCCAGACGUCCCGAUUGCAGUCCGUUCACUGCUUUCUGCUCAUGCUCCACUUGGAACCGCUCCUGCCUCAACUGUGGCCAGCCACUUGAGCCGCUUGAGUGCGAGUGCCCCUGCGAAUGUCCUGUUGGCCUCGGGCUUGGACUAUUAUCUUCACACAAAGAGGAUGAGUCGAUUUUUGCUAGCCGCCCCAGUGACCACACUGAAGCAAUGAUAAAAGUGUCUCCUACCCUGAUCGAUAUUGGGGCUUAUGAUUCCUCGCCCUCGCUACCAGCGAUUCCAAUUUUGCGGUCGUCCUCAUUACAGGGUUUUGCUGAUCCACCCAUUUGCCUGCAUGCCCUUGUAAGUUGGUGUAAUAUCCUACAAAACUUUAUUAUUUGCAUGAACUGA